AGGCAGAAGUCGAAACGCCUGACGGCGAGCAACGCAUCCCUGCACGAAAACACAUCGCAUCCAUGGCCCGUCUCAGCUACUCGCGUCCCCCUCCUUACGCCCCCUUGGUCAACUUCGGCAAGCGUUGGGGACCAAGUCUUGGUAUCUGGGGUUUCGGCGCUGGUACCGCCGCCGUCUUCCUUCUCUCUGUGACGCCUGUUGUGAAGAACGGCCUGCUCGUUAACCUGCCUCUGAUCGGCAGCUAUUACGAGGACAAGACCCCCGCCUGCGACAAGCCCUUCUAAACAAUACACGCUAGCACAUGCGGCUCAUAUAUCCAUGUCUUCCGCCGCCGAACUGUGAUAGACCGCCUCGUAACAAUAGACAUAGCAUC